CGACACCUGCGCCGUGUUGGGCGAGUGUAACACCGGCUUCGUUGGCGAUAUCUGCAAUGACUUAGCAUCAGUUCUAAUAAGGUGAACACUAUCAAUAGUGCUUGUCGAGCCCAUUGCCUGAACUCUACUUCUAAGCGAUUGCUGGCAGAGCGUCAAAGCUUGACGCGAUAGUUGCUCUCUUUCGGAGUCACGUAAAUUUAUCAGCUCAUGAACAUGGCCAUGAAAUAUGGUAUAGCUGUAUUGAUGAUCGCGAUACUGCUGUGCCUGCAUAUUUCUGCAAGUAAUUAUCAAGUCAGAUCGAAGAAAGUGAGGAAGAUGAUAAUAGACACAGAUGCUGGCGGCGACGAUGCUUUAGCACUGCUGUUAGCUCUUAUGUAUGAGGUCAAGACAAACGAUAUUGAAAUAUUAGCUAUAACUUGCACAUAUGGUAACGCCUACUUGAAUAAUGUGACACAAAACGUAUUGAAAGUUUUAACCAUUGCCAAUAGAAACGACAUACCUGUAUACAAAGGAUCCGUAAAACCAAUGAUAAAUACAUAUAAAUUUGACGAUUACUUCGGCGAAGACGGGUUUGGAGACUUUAAUUUCACUCAACGAAUAACUGCUAAGGUGGAUGAAAGCAAACAUGCUUCUGUGUUACUUGUAGAUCUUGUGAAGAAAUAUCCGGGUGAAAUAACUAUAGUCGCUCUUGGACCCGUGACAAAUAUUGCUGUAGCAAAUAUGCUAGAACCUAAUUUCCUAAACUACACGGAGCAACUUGUCAUAAUGGGAUCGAGCGUUAAUAUGUCGGAUAGCAAUGGAAUCCCUCGGAUUGAAUUUAACUUUAAACAAGAUCCGGAAAGUAAUUGGAUAACGUUAAAUAACACCGAUAAAGUUCAUACAGUAGUUCCAAUAGAUAUAGUAGAUUCCUAUGCUAUUACGAAGGAAGAAUACCGGGACCUCUUUAAUAAGUUAAAUUCUUCGUUCGCAAACUUUUUACAACUAGCUGAGAGAAAAGCUUUAGAGGUGUCAGAGUUUUGGCGACCAGCGGACGGCAUGGCCAUGGCAAUUGCGCUAAAACCAGAAAUAGCCAUGAAAUCGUUUGAGACCAAUUUAGUACCGGUACUCAUUGAAGAUAUGCGCGGCGCAGUUGUGGUAGAUCCCAACAAUACGAUACACAAUGCGUGCGUUAUUCAGGAAUUCGACGUAGCUGCAUUUAAAAACCUUAUCCUGGAAUGUCUUUCUUAAUGACAGACUCAAAUCAUGGUGCGAUCUUUUGCUGUCGUAUUGUAUCUCUAAUUCUUAACAUUGCUUAAUUAUCGAUAUACGUAUAAAGUAUUAUGGGGAUAUAAUCGCAAAAUAAUACUUACAUUGAAGAAAUUGGUACUUCUCCUAUCAGCGAAAAGUCCUUGGAAAGUUUGUCCGGGAUAGAACUGACAGGAGUAUGUUCCCAAUAAAAGAUCCUUGCAUUUCGCGAUAUUCUUUGACUUUCUGUUAUUAAAGAAAAAGUGCGCCAGUCUAUAGAAAGACUUGUGAUGCUCUGUGAAUCUUAAUAUACACUGCUC